UAUAGCCUAAAAAAAAAACCUGGAAAAGAAAAAGCUUCUUCACUCCAAUUAGAGCACCACAUGAGCUAGAAACAAUCCAAAAACAUGGCCUUGAAUUUCAGAGCUACUUCUCUUUGCCCAAAUUCUUAUUCUUCUUCUUCUUCUCCUCCUCCAUUUGUGAUUCCAAAGCACAAACAACUCUUUAAAUCUUCUUCUCCAUCUUCUUCAUCUUCUUCAUUUAAAACGCUUGCACAGUCUGAGGGAACCGAAAGAGUGGUCAAGGAGCAGGACCCUCCUGCUUCCUUUUCUGGUUCGUCUUCUGCUCGUGCACAGCUGGAUCUUUUAGAGCAGCUGUCCUCCACUAGCUCAUCUUCAGCUGAUGGUUAUGAGAGUGAAGGUAGCUCUAGGAAGCUCACCAUCCGUGAUCAGCUAGCGCAGCUGGUAGCAGACAGAGAUGGCGAUUUUAGCUUACCACUUGGCAAAAACCUGAAGAAAGUUAGUGCAAAAUUUUUGACAAUCUCACAGAAGAGAAACAUCAGAAGACAAGCUUACUUGAACCAAGUGUCUCAAAGGAAUGACUCGGUUUUCUUUGCCACAGUUGGGGCCUUUGUCAUUCUUCCACCUCUUGUAAUAUUGGGAAUUGCUAUUCUAACCGGUUAUGUGCAGCUUUUUCCUUGAAAAUGUUUGGGAUUAGGCAAUAGUGAUAGAAUUGACAGUCCUUUUA